CCAAAGGAAAAUCCACUAAACCAAAUAUCGGACUUUAUAUCUCUGGUAAGAAAUUUUCAUAUACUUAAAUGUGUGAGAGAAUGAUUGGAAGGGUUAUAUGCACAUGAAGCUCACCGCUAGGAUUUAUGAAGGGUUUCUAGAACUGGACUGGUUAAUUUUAGUCUUGCACGGACUUUAUUUCAAAAUAUUCAUGUGGGCAUUACGAAGAACAGCCAGGCAUCUCAGAGUUCCUCGUGGCAAUGGCAAGGGCACAUUGAGAGCCUUUGCUAAUUUACUUGAGAAAUCCAAAUGCAAUGCAGUCCAGGAGUCAAACAGGGUUAAUGGCGAGGGUUUUGUUCAAGGAGGCCACAUUAUUGCUAGAAGCAUCUCCUAUGGUGCCUAUUCGGUACUUGUUCAAGUGGGUUGCGGGUUCACAUCACUGGCAGGUGAGAAGAAAGAAGAGAACAAAAUUGAAGGGAAUGAUGAUGAUUCGGGGUUUUCUGAGCUAGAUGUUGCCCUAGAGGAAGACACUUUGGGCUCACAGAGUCACCUUGCUGAAGAGGCGAUGGGUUCAGAGAGUGAGGUCUCAGAAGGGAAAGAAGAUCAGGCUGAUCCUCAUUUAUCAGAAGCAGAAGAUAAAGAAAAAACUGUGAAAUUAACUGAAGCUAUUUUUGAAUGUAGCUACCUCUCUGUGCCUGCUAGGCUCGAUAAGUGGGUUGAAGAGGGUAAUAUUCUGACUAGAGAAGAUGUUCACAUUAUUAUAAAGAAUCUGAGGAAGCGACAAAUGAUUGGACGAGCCCUCCAGGUUUACCAGUGGUUGUUGGCAAAAAGCCUUUUUCCAUUCAAUGAGAAUGAGCAUUCAAUUUGCUUGGAAUUGGUUGCUAGGGAACAUGGCAUUUCUAAAGCUCAGGAAUAUUUUGAGACGAUACCAUUAAAAAUGAGAGUAAAGAAAGUGUAUGGAAAACUCUUAUCAAAGUGUGUAUAUGAGGGUGACAUUAAAAAAUCUGAAGAGAUUUUCAAAAAAAUGAAGGAUGCAGGGCUUUCCCCUGGUGUGAUUGAAUAUAACAGUUUGCUGAUACUUUACAAGCAUAUAAACAGGAAAAAUGUUUUUAGUAUAUUAAAAAUGAUGGAGCAUGAAAAUGUGAAACCUAAUUCUUUAACAUACAAUAUUCUGAUAGAUUGCAAGGGCCGGGCAGGCAAUAUUGUUGGAAUGGAGCAGGUUUUCAAUAAAAUGAAAGAAGAUGGCAUAGAAACUGACUAUAUAACACUGUCGACGCUUGCAAAACAUUAUGUCCAUUUUAGAAAUCUGAAAAAGGUGGAGUUAUUGAUUAAAGAAUUGGAAAAUAGUUAUAUGAAUGAGCGCCAUGUUCUGAAAAUUCUUCUUCCUUUAUAUGCAGAUGUUGGUAAGGAUAAUGAAAUAGAAAGAGUUUGGAAUAUAUUUGAAUCUUCUCACACAAUUUUUAUGUCCGAAUAUAUUGCUGGGAUAAAGGCCUGGGGAAAGCUGGGUAACAUUGAAAAAGCAGAAGUCAUUUUUGAGAAAUUACUAAAUUCUGGGAAGAAGAUAAAAUCACCUAGAGCCUAUAAAUCUCUUCUUGAUGUUUAUGCCAACCAUAAUUUGUCACUCAAAGGAAUGGAAUUGGUAGAGCGAAUGUUUAGCAAAGGAAUUACAAUUGAUCCAGCUACUUGUGAUACACUUGUUAAACUCUUUGUGAAAUCAGGUGAUACAGAAAAGGCAGGUGCUUUUCUGUUUGAAGUUUGUAGAGGGAAGCAAGUAAAGCCAUGGUAUAAAACAUUCAGUAGAGUCUUAGAGGAGUAUGCUGAAAGAGGAGAUAUUGAAAAUUCUGAGAAAAUAUUUGAUGGAUUGACUUGUAUUGGAUAUAGUGGCCAGUUACAAUCAUAUGAGUUUCUUUUGCAAGCUUACAUAAAGGCACAAAUUCCUGCUUAUGGCUUCAAGGAAAGAAUGUUGGCAGCUAAUCUUUAUCCCACUAGAAGGAUUGACAAUCUCCUACAGAAGGUGGAGGCAUUAAAGGAAGAUGGAUUUAAGAACCAUAUUUCUGAUAUACUUGACUGAACCUCUGGUAGCAUCUCCAAACAUGUUUUACUAAGCAAUCAGAGUGCCAAAAUUGGCUGUGUAUCAGAUUAAUGUUUGGAUUUUGAGCCACAUGUCGUGCUUUUGGGCACUUGUUCAUCUUUUUCAAUCAAUACAGGUCAGGCUAUUUUGCAUCUCUCUUGUAGUUGGAACAUAUUUAGAGGGUGAUGCUGGGCAUGUUCUGCAAUUAAAGCCAAAAUGACUUGAUUUGCUGGCCAGCCCCCUACCCUUUGGAUGUAAUGAAUUGUUUACGUUUAAUCUGGUUUUGCAAUUGCUUUUCUUUU